AUGUCUAACAAUAAAAGCAACUCAAAUAAAAAGUCAGGGAACACUAAAGAUAAAAAUGUAGCCAAAUAUUAACUUAAGCAUAAAGAAGAUAUGGACUAUAACUAUUAAACUUUAAACACAAUAUUUAAUGAAAUUGUGGAAAUUUUCAAUGAAUAUGAUGAAAAAUAUAAGGAUGUUUUUAUUGAGGACAUUGAAUUGAUAGUCUCGAUGUUUAUAUGGGGAGAUAAAAAUGAUGAUAACUUUUUCGAUUUUAUGUGCGAAACAAACUUUUUAGAAUAACUUUUACAAAUAACUCAAAAAUUGUAAAAUUGCCGUGAAAUUAGAACAAUUAUUAUUUAGCAAAUUUGCUUAUUAAUUUUAAAUGUGAAAAAGCCUAUGCAACUUAACUAUAUACUUUCUCAUCAAAUCAUUAAUGAUUUAAUCACUUUUCAGUUUGAUUUUAAUGAUGAUGAUUUUGUUGAUUACUAUAUAAAUUUCUUGAAAAGUUUAAGCUAAAGAUUAGACUAAAUACCUUUAUAGCUUCUCUUCAAUAGUAAAUACAGCAACUUUCCAUUAAUUUGGUAAACAAUUAGAUUCUAUAACCACAAAGAAACUAUGAUUAGAACCUCUGUUUAAAAUAUUGUGCUUGGUGUUAUGAAGAUUAAGGCAGACCAGUUAGAAAAAUAUCUCUAAGGUUUCCCCUUUAUUACAUUUUAUGUCAACAAUGCUUGCUUUAUGGCAAGCUAAUGGAUAUAAAUUGAUAAUCAAAUUCACCAAGCAGACUACAGCAAUUAUCAAAAGCUAAGUGAUUUGAUGAGUGAUUAAAUCGAUUAAAUUUUAUUUUGGGAGGAUCUCAUUCACUCUUGUAAUGAAUAGGCCAAAAAGAUAUCCAUUAACUCUUUCAUAAGCUAUGCACUAAUUCCAUCGAUCUUUAAUAGUUUUAUCUCCACAAAGAAAGGCAAAUUAAGCAUUUAUCUAUCACUUCACAUACUCACAAUAAUAUUACAGCACAUAUCUAAUAAAGAAAUCCUAGAAAUUAUAAUUUUAACUCUCUUUGGUGAAAAAAUCAACAGGAAACAUUUAGAAUGGAUUUAGCAUCCAGCUUAAGAGCCUGCGCAUUUUAAUGCACAAUGGUCUUAUAGACACUUUUGGGAUGAUUAUGAUGAUUUCCUUAAGAAGCAGACAGAAAUAAUAUUUAUUGAUUAAAUAAAAAGAAACCAGUAGAUUUAAAAUAAUUCAGUUGGAUAAAUGCCAUCUAAAUAAUCUGAUGAUAAAUAACCUGAACAAGUUUCAAAAUCAGAUGUUAGAAGUUACUUUGGCUGGGAUUCACAAGGACGUCUUGAGUCAGAAAUAAGAAGGUUAACAAGAGCACUCGGAGUAAAAUUAGUUCAAACUAAUGAAGAAAUGUAAAUUGAAGACCCACAAAAUCAGCAAAAUCAGCAGCAGUUUUAAGAAUAUCUUGGUGAAUCUCCAUAUGAUAUUUACUAUAAUACAAUAAGAGAACUUGGUAUUUAAAAACAACAAGAAAAAGAUGAAAUGUCUAUAGACGAUAGAAAAUAAGCAAUAGCUUAAAAUUACGAAAUAAACCCUUUUAGAGACUUAAUUCUAUCAUAUUUAAGAUCAAAAGAUGACAACUUAAUCAUGUUAACUCUGCAGUUCUUAAAUAGCAUUGUGUAAAAUAAAUUCAUUUGUGAUGAAAUUCUAGAAUAUUGUGGUCUCCUAACAUAAAGAAAGAAUAAAAUAAACUACAAAAAUCCAAAAAAUUUAGAUAGUCUGAAAAGUUUUUAGGUCAAUUUAAUGAAAAUUUUGUAAAUCGAUCCUCCUUUUAGACUAAAUAACUAUUUCAUUAUAUCGAAAUUAAUUUAUGAAUUUGCUUGUGUAAACCACUCACACGAUAUUCUUUUAACUAAUGAUUAAAUAUGUUUAUUUAAUGAUGCUUAUAGAUUGUAAAUAUUGAAAAUGAAUGCUUUGAUAAAAACUCAAAUAGUUUGGGAUUUUAUCAUUGAUCUAUAUGAAGUUGAGUUUGAAUACAUUGAAUAAAAUCUGUUAAAGUAAACAAAAUAGUUAGAUUAUUUCUGCUUCUUGCCAUUAGAUAACUGCCCAAACAGUGUGGAUUUACUCUUUAGACAACCUACUACUAAAAGAGAUAUUACAAGAAGAGACUUGAUGCUAUUUUUUAUUGUUAGAAAGCUAAGAUAUAUUUUGAUUGCAAACACAGGCCUUAAAGAAAUUGAAAACAAUCUGGAUUUAUCAUACAAAAGCUUUCUAAAUAAUGAAUUGCCACAUUGGGAAGAAGGCAAAUUUUAUGAAAUAUAGUAAAGUAAAAUGUAUUCUUGUGAACUAAUAGAAAAAGAUAAGAAAGUAAAGUAGCUAUACUAUUUAAAAGAUUAACAAAAUAUGAUCUUAGUAGAGUAUAAUGAAAAUAAUAGGAAUGAGGUGAAAGUCUAUAAAAAUGAAAGAUUAAAAAAGGUAGAAGCUUAAAUAGAUCGUGCUGACCCACGAAAAUUAGAGUUAGUUAUUAAAAAUAUUACAUAUAAUGGAAAAGAAAAAUAUGAUGACUUUAUACUAAUUUUCGAAAAUAUUGAUACAUGCUCACAAAUAAAAAAAAUUUUGGAUGAAAAUAGGAAAACCUCAAAAUAAAUAGAGAUGACAGUUUUAGUUAAGUUUUUAGAAAGUUCAGAGAAAGACAUAUUUAUUCCCUCCAUAUACUGA